GUCCGUAAACUCUCUUAUUUUUGCAGGAGUCAACCAAGGAGGAGGAAGAGAGCAUGGAGGUCGUGCCGACAACACCGCCGCCGCCCUGCCCGCAGGGAGAAGAGUCCAGUAGCAGCAGCAGCAGGAACAGCAGCUGCAGUUGCGACAAAUGCAGGAGCAGUAGCAGCGACAGCUCCACCACCAGCAGCAGCAGCUGCAGCAGCAACUGCACUGGGUGCAAAGCCAAGAGCGCCGGCGCAGAUCAUGAUACCUCCUGGCUUAGCUACACCCCAGCAACUCCGCCGUGUUCACCUGCCGAGACUUCGGUUGGUGGGCAGCCCUGCACGCCGCCAUCAUCAUGCGGAUCAGCACUUGGCGAGGCGCUGGAGAUGUGUGGCCCCAGCAACGACAUAGGCGAUCCUAAAGAUAUGUGCUGCGGGGCGAGCCAUGACAUGAGCGGAUGUAACUGCUCGGUUAUGCUGCAGGCACCGUCAGGCUGUGGCUCCGACAACGCGGUGGAUAUUGCUAUGAUGGACCUCGAGCUCUCCACCACCGUGGAGGAAGAAGAUGACUGCCCCCUUGCCGCUGCAUUACGGGAUGAUGACGUGCUCUCCGGGGCUACCACGGGCGAACAUGACAUAAUGUACGGAGCAGGCAAUUUGGAGCUCCCAUUUCUAUCAUUCGAGGCUGGUGCACCCAUGGACUUCAGUACGCCUGUCAAACAGCCACCCGUGCAGGGGUGCGCCCCACCCCCACCGCGCAUGGCGCCACUUAACCCGGCUGCAGGCAGGGCGCCGACGGCCCCGCAGCGCCCAGGAAGGGCAAACCCUGAUGUUUUUAUGUCUUUAUAA